AUGUCCACCCGUAGCGAGGACGACGGUACCCAUUCCGAUCGGCCCGUAAAGCGCGACAAGGACGCUAUUUGCCGAGUCUGCAUGGCUGACGACCCGCAAGCCGAGCUGAUUUCGUUGUUUCAGAUCAACGGCACCGGGGACGAGGUCAUCGCUAACAUGAUCAUCGACUGCUGCGAAGUUAUGGUUUCGGACGACGAUAACAUGCCGCAGAACAUCUGUGCCGACUGCUUGGACCGGUUGAAUCAGGCCUACGAGCUGCGAAAGCAGUGCAAGCGGUCGGACCAGGUGUUACGAGGUUUGGUGGGCGACGAACCUGUUGAAGACGUUCCAGACGAUGGGUCCGUAAUGGAGCUGGAGGUUGAAUAUCUUGACGAAGAAGAUGAACCUGAAGAGACGAGUCCAAAUCUCAAAUUCGUGGAGUCUGUUGAGGACUUCCCUUCGCACAGGGUCUACCGUCUGCUGGGAGAACAAUGCUGCAGCUGUUUCGAGCUAUUCCAGGACGUCGAUGCGUUGAUGGCCCAUUGCGAUCAGGAGCACGGCCGGGGCACCCCCGGCAAGAGUCACUUCCAGUGUGACGUUUGUCGCGAUCCGUUUGAUAGUCACGCCGCGUUGACCAAGCACAAGGAGGUCGCCGCGGGGAUGGUCCUGUACCACUGCAAACGCUGCCAGGUUGAUCUUCGGAGUGAGCGUGAAUUUCUGAAGCACGUCGUUACUUCGGAGCGAGACCACGAGGACGCCGUUGAGACGCUCGACGUCGCGGGCAAGUUUGAGGAGGUCUUGAUUGUGGGGAUGCGCUGCUGCGGUUGCGAUGAAAUCUACGACGAUCAGGUCGAGUUGGAGAGACAUCGCGAGGACGCGCAUCGAUCGAGUCGGGUUGAGGGAAGUGGGUUUGAGUGCGAUGGAUGCUACCGGAGAUUCAAGAUAUCAUUCCAACUGGCAAAGCAUAGAGCAGAGGCAAGGGCCAAGCAAUGGUUUGUGUGCAGCGCUGAAAGCUGCCAGUUUAGAACGGUCUCCCGAAAGAGCAUGAUCGGUCACAUGAUCAGGGAUCAUGAAUCUAGUUCGAAAAUGCCGGACAGCGGCUAUGCGUGCUGCGUUCUUCGUUGCUUCGAGACCUUCCAAACGUACGAAGAUCUGGAAUUUCACGCCGACGAGGCUCACGCUCUGGUACGGCUCCAGCACGAGCAGGAUCGCAAUGCAGAACACAACGUAACGUGCGACAUCUGCCACCGAGGCUUCCCGGACGAGCGAACCUACUCGCGCCAUCGGAACGACAAAACCCGUAAGCACAUUUGUAAGACCUGCGGCGUUCAGUACGCGUUCCGAGCGAACCUGAUUGAGCACGAACGCAGCAAUUGUGGUCAAGUGGCCCGGUACAAGUGUAACCAGUGUGACAAAGCGUACAAGACCCCGGGUGGCCUCAAGAAUCACCGCAAAACGCACAAGGACCAACGAUCAUUCGUUUGUGAACUUUGCGGUCGUGCCUUCCUCCGCAAGGGCAUCCUCAAAGACCACAUGAACACCGUGCACUCGACCGUUCGCGCGUUCCAGUGUUCCCUAUGCCCAAAGUCCUUCACCAGUCGGAACAUUUACCGUUCGCAUCAGCUGACCCACACCAAGGAGAAGCCCUUCCAGUGCCGGCACUGCGACAAGCGGUACCUCAAGAGCAGCGAUCGGAAGAUGCACGAGAACCAGGUCCACCUGGGGAAUCGACCCUUCCGCUGCCAAUACUGUCCGGCCACGUUUACCCGGGAUCGCGAGCGGCGACUGCACGAACGCGUUCACACCAAGGCCAAGCUGUACACGUGCGAUGAGUGUGGCGAGGGUUACAACAAGUUUGCGGCAUUCAAGGAGCAUCGGCGGGAGCGACACGGCCUGGACACGAUGCGGGAUCUCGGGCCGGCGGCGAUGGCAGCCGUGCAGGGACAGGAUGACGAAGAGCAGUUUGAGUUCUUGAGUGUUGACCCUGAGGAGGAAGUGGAUUGUGACGAUGAGUGAAUAAAAAUGUUUGAAGGAAUUUCAACACAAUUGUAGAAACACUUCACAUAGACGCCACAAUUACGACAAUGCAAUGGGAUCCUGGCAAGGAUUUUUGUUCUUUUCUGUCCUAUCCAGCGACUUCCGCAACCCUCCUGGUACCGUUAAAAUGUCUACACUUUAUUUGUUCGCUCUUAUCAAGUGUGUGUGUGUUACAUGUAGAUUGAAACUGUUGCUUAAAAUUAGAUUAUUUCUUAAUCAACUUUGUUGGUUAGUGCAACGUUACGCGAAUGUAAACGUAACAGGCGUCUCUCACUACUAGGAAACGCUUCAAGCUGAACACUACCGAACCAAAAAAAAAAUGA